AUGUCUCUUCCCCUGAGCUCUGAAGAUGAGGAUAACUACACGGCCAUCAUAGAUGGCAUCCUUGCGACCGCGGACUUGACGACCAUCACUCGCAAGAAGAUCCGUUUGGGUCUGGAGAAAGCUCUUGGCGGGAAGGACCUGACUGCUCAGAAGGAUGCCAUCAAGGCGCUGAUAGAAGAGCGAUUCGACGCCAUCUCGGGUUCCAACGACGCAGCCCCCGACUCGUACUCCGCAAGUCCCGCCCCGAAGCGCGAAGCCAACGGCCACGACGAUGAUAUUGAUGGCGAGAUUGAGGUGUCCGUCGCGCCUGUCCGGAAGAGACAGAAGCGUGAGGACUCGUCUGAAGACGCCGAUGCCAAGCUCGCUGCGAAGCUACAAGCUCAGGAAAACCAAAUGGCAAGAGGAAGGACAACUCGAGGCGGCAAUGGCGCAAGCAGUAAGGGUAGCAAAGCGGCCAAGAAGAAGAAGGCGCCCCGCAAGAAGAGCGACAAGAAGAUUGACGACAGCGACGUCGAGGACAGCGGCGAAGCGCCGAAACGCAAGGCUGGUGGUGGAUUCCAAAAGCCCUUCAACUUGAGCGAGCCGUUGUCAGAGUUGCUUGGCGAACCUCAGCUCUCUCGCCCGCAGGUUGUCAAGAAGCUCUGGGAACACAUCAAGGGCAACGACCUACAGGAUCCGGAAAACAAGAGACAAAUCAUUUGCGACGACAAGAUGCACGCGAUUUUCAAACAAUCCAAGGUGGAUAUGUUCCAAAUGAACAAGAUGAUCGGGGCCCAUCUUUACCCGGUUGAGGAGCAGUGA